AUGACGGCCAAAACCGUUUUGAUCACAGGCAGCAAUCGCGGCAUCGGCCUCGCGCUUGCCACACACUACAAGAGCGAAGGCUGGAAAGUCAUUGGCUGCGCUCGCAACGUCGACGGCGCGACUGACCUCCAGCGCCUCGAGCCCUGGAAACUACUGACGCUCGACACGAGCAGUGAAGAGUCAGUGGACGCAGUGGCUGCGACGCUGCAGGGCGUACCGAUCCACUUGCUGAUCAACAAUGCUGGUGUCAUGAACGCGCACGAUCUGCAGUCGACGACGAAAGCAGAUCUGUUGCAUCACUAUGAGGUGAACGCAGUGGGUCCUUUUCUCACGACUAGAGCUUUGCUGCCCAACCUCCGUCUCGCUACGGCGGCUGAAGAUCCUGCUUUUGUAGCGCAAGUGACGUCCAGAAUGGGCUCCAUCGCGGACAACGAGUCGGGCGGAGCGUACGGCUACCGAGCGUCAAAGUCAGCGCUCAACAUGCUUUCCAAAUGUCUGGCCAUGGAUCUCACGAAAGAGAACAUUGGGUGCUUACUGCUGCAUCCGGGAUAUGUCAAGACAGCCAUGGUGGACUAUCGUGGACCCAUUUCGAUUCAAGACAGCGUCAAAGGGCUUACGGCGAUUAUCGCUCGUGCCAAACUCGAGGACUCGGCCAAGGUGCUUCACUUUGAAAAGGGAAACGUUAUUCCGUGGUAA